UCGGAGCAUGGUUUCCUCCUUGCCGCAAGAGGGCGCUGCGGCCAAGACGCCCGGAGGAAGAAGUACAGCGAGUCCACGUUGGCCCCGACGCCUGCGUACAGACACCGGCGCCGGGUUUGGCUCCCCUGCUUCCCCGCCACUGGCACGGAUUGGACCCACGGGCGGGCCGUGAUGGUAGUCGGUACCGGAACCUCCUUGGCGCUGUCGUCCCUCCUGUCCCUGCUGCUCUUCGCGGGCAUGCAGAUAUACAGCCGCCAGCUGGCCUCCACCGAGUGGCUCACCAUCCAGGGGGGCCUGCUGGGCUCCGGCCUUUUCGUCUUCUCCCUGACUGCCUUCAAUAAUCUGGAGAAUCUGGUCUUUGGUAAAGGUUUCCAAGCCAAGAUCUUCCCUGAGAUUCUCCUGUGCUUGCUGUUGGCCCUCUUUGCAUCUGGCCUCAUCCACCGAGUGUGCGUCACCACCUGCUUCAUCUUCUCCAUGGUUGGGCUGUACUAUAUCAACAAGAUCUCCUCCACGCUGUACCAGGCGACGGCCCCAGUCCUCACGCCAGCCAAGGUCACCGGCAAGGGCAAGAAGAGAAACUAGCCCUGAGUGACUAAUAAAGUUGACUCUUUGUA